GGCACACACGGCGCGCCGCCGCGGACACGGCGCACCACACGCGCGACGCCACUCCGCACGGCGACCCGUCGCCGGCUACUCCGCCCGCCGCCACUUCCGACAUGAUUUGAAGCGUGUUGCCGGCAGGUAUGCCUGCGAGGAUGAUGAGCGCGCGGGCGGGCGCGGGCGCGGGCGGCGAGGUGAGCGUGGCGGACAGCCCGCUGGCCACGCUCGAGUCGCUGGCGCAGGCCGCCGUCAUCGCCGUCAUGGGCGUGGCCAUCGUCAUCUCCAACCUCCUCAUCAUUGCUGCCUUUCUGAAUUUCAAAGGUCUCUCGAACGAGGUGAUUAAUUACUACCUCUUAUCGUUGGCUGUGGCGGAUUUAUUGUGUGGGUUGUUCGUGGUGCCUUUAUCCGUAUACCCGGCCAUCACUGGUCGCUGGAUGUUCGGCGACCUCAUGUGCCGCCUCGCGGGAUACGUGGAAGUGACUCUGUGGUCCGUCUCAGUGUACACGUUUAUGUGGAUAUCGGUGGACCGAUACCUGGCCGUCAGGAAGCCUCUCCGAUAUGAGACGGUUAGUGCGACGGUACAAACUCGCACUCGAAGUCAGUGCUGGAUGGUGUUCACGUGGAUAUCAGCCGCCAUGCUCUGUUGCCCGCCCCUGUUGGGCUACAAGAAGGAAGCCAACUUCGACAAGGAGACCUUCAUCUGCAUGCUGGACUGGGGCACAACGUACGCCUACACUGCUACUCUCGGAAUUCUGGUCCUAGGCCCGAGCGUUAUAUCUAUCGUUUAUAAUUACUUCUAUAUAUUUUCAAUGAAACGAAAGUUGAACAGCGGUGCGCCCAUUCACGAUAAAGAAUAUGCUACUGCUUUAGCGGAGAACCUCGCUAACCCUAGCCACUGGAUGAGCUUUAUCCUCGUGUCAGCUUUCUGGCUUAGCUGGGCACCUUACGCCGGGGUACGGCUGUACGAGUACUUCACUUCCCAGGAACUUAAGAUUCCGAUGCUGCACUUCGGAGUCGUGUGGCUUGGAAUACUGAACUCCUUUUGGAAAAUAGUUAUUUUGAUUUCUUUAAGUCCACAGUUUCGAUUAGCUCUCAGAAUACUUUGCUUAACAGCCUGCUGUCGCACGAAGGGCCGGUUACAAGCCGAGCUCAUAGGUAUGGAUAACGAUGACUGAAACAUGUUGGUCUACUGUUAUCUAACUAAACGUUAUUGAAAUCUUAUAAUAACAUACUCGUACUAACAGCAACACUUAUAGCUAACCAUCGCUAGACGUUAUGCCCUUGUAAUAAGGAUUACAAAUGUACAGCUAACAGUGUUGCCAAGGUACUUUUAUUAUUAAGAUACAGAGUGCGCAUUACCUGGCGGUGCAAAAUAAAAGUUUUGGUUGUGUAGUAUAUGUGUACGGCUGUUAGUUCGAUAGCGAUAGAGGUAAAUACAACCGUGUUUGUAAUUGAACAGUGCCUGAUAUGAAUAAUAAUACAAUAAAAGUCCGACGAGUUGUAAUGUCGCAUCUUUUGUUCUUUUGAGAAACUCCAGGUAGUUAAUCUCGAGGUU